AUGACCGACGAAGCUGGUGACGAAGAUGAGUGGAUUUCUGUUACUAAAGAGAAGAAACCCAAACUUAAACCUAAACCAAAACAUCAAGAACAACAUAAAGAGAAAAAAGAGGAACAAAAAGUGGAGAAAGUGACUUAUGUUCCCAACCCUUUACCACAUGAGAAAGGUGAGAGUUAUUCAACACCAGAGAGGACAGGAUCUCCUUUUAUUGAGUAUGAUAAAGACACGCUUAUUAAAAUGAUCAAAGAAAUUGGGGAGGGUACUGAUGUUUACCUUCCUCCACCAAUUCUCAAAGAGAGAAAACGACUUGAAUUAAUGUUAGAAAGGAUUAUUAAAAGGGAAGAGCGCAACUCAAAAGAACAGAAAGUCGAAGUCCCACCCGCCGACCUUCCCCAACCUGAAAAUGUUAUUCCUCAAACCCAGCAAACUGUUGAGAAGAGUACCAUUGAACCCGUCGAGUUCAAAAAUGUCAGCGAAUCGAAAACUAAAAUGGUUAUCAUAGUUACUGCCGUCGUCAUUCUUUGCAUAUCCGUCGCUUUCUGGAUUGAACUUUUCUAA